UCUGACUUGCACUGUCUCCAAUCCUUCUUUUCGAAGAAGCAGUCGUUUAGACGUGUGUUUUCGACUGUCCUCUGACUCAGUCUUGUCUUCCUUGGUAACAAGGAUACUCGAUUGCUUACCGGAACAUCCAGUGCUGAAGAUACGCUUGUCCCUGCAGGCGUUUGUUGAGCAAUUCAUUCAUAUCGAUACCCGAGAGAAGCAACUUACCAAUCAUCUGGCUCAUCGUCAUCCACGACUGCAUUUGAAGCGUUCUGCUUGGGAUCUCUUUCUGCCGCCAUUUUCCAAGUUCUUGUCGAGUAUUCGGAAAAUAAAGUGCUGGUCAUCGAAGAAACAGCGAGGAUUCUCGGCGAUUUACGAAUCGAGUAAUUGCCACAAAUAUACCAUCAUGGCCGACAAAAGAGUCAAUGUGCUUGUUUACUCAGGCAAUGGUUCUACUGUCGAAUCUGUCCGUCAUUGUCUCUGGUCUUUGCGCCGGCUUCUCGGUCCAAACUAUGCUGUCAUCCCAAUUACUGGCGAGUCUGUCCUCAAGGAACCAUGGACUGCAUCUUGCGCUCUUUUCGUCAUGCCAGGUGGUGCAGACGUAGGUUAUUGCCGCACACUGAAUGGCGAAGGCAACCGUAAGAUCUCCGCCUACGUUAACAAGGGAGGAGCCUACCUUGGCCUUUGUGCCGGUGGCUACUAUGCAUGCAAGCGCUGCGAGUUUGAAGCUGGCAAGAAGGGCAUGGAGGUGUGUGGUGAUAGAGAACUUGGUUUCUACCCCGGCAUCUGCAGAGGUCUUGCUUUCCCUGGUUUCGUCUACCACAGCGAGGCUGGUGCUAGAGCCGCUGAACUAAGCGUCAACAAGGAAGCUCUGAGCACUGUCGGAGGUGCUGUACCCGAGACCUUCCGCUCGUACUACAACGGCGGUGGUGUCUUUGUUGAUGCCGAGAAGUACAAGGAUCAAGGCGUGCAGGUUUUGGCAAGCUACACCGAGCGCCUACAUGUCGAAUCUGGAGAAGGUACUGCCGCAGUUGUCUAUCGCAAGGUAGGCGAAGGCUCAGUCGUCUUGACUGGACCGCACCCAGAGUUCGCUGCAGUCAACCUCACAAAGGGUGGUGACAAUCCUGCAUACCCAAGAAUCGUCGAGGCUCUUGCUACAGACGACAAACAGCGCGUCGAUUUCAUGAAGGCAUGUCUGGCCAAACUCGGAUUGACACCUAGCCAGGACGACCAAGGAGUACCUUCGUUGUCUCGUCUUCAUCUAUCGACUCUGGAAUCAUCCGAAAUAUCGGAUCUCGUCUCGUCAUGGUCCGACAUCGUUGAAGAAGUCGAUGGCGAAUCCCUCAUUAAAGGCGAAAAUGACACUUUCCAGCUCGAAAAACAAAGCGGACCCUGGAAGUCGCCCGAGCCCACUAGCACCAUCGGCCUUCAGAAAGUUGCCGAUGCUCUUCCUACGGUUGUAAAAGACAUCGUCACAGAUGCUCUCACCGGCACUUCCGACUCCACCAAACCAGUGACAGAAACAGACGCGGGCAUAGUCGACUACGACAAAAUCACGAAAAAACUACUUGUUCACGAUACCUCCCUCCCAGACACAAAACAGACUCCUUACUUCAACCACCACGCCUACUUUGCAAACCUCGCACAUUACAAGAAACGCCACCUCCACGACAUUUCCGAAACAUUUGGAAAUGUGUUGCUGUACGGCGAAGUCGUUACUUCAACCAACACACUUCUCGAGAAGAAUCCAAAGCUACUCGAGAAACUACCCGUGGGAACCACAGCAACAGCUACCACUCAAGUCGCAGGCAGAGGCAGAGGAAACAACGUCUGGGUAUCACCGCCAGGAAGCCUAAUGUUCAGCACCAUGCUACGCCACCCCAUAUCCCUCUCCACCACCGCCCCAGUAGUCUUCAUCCAAUACCUCGCCGCCCUCGCCAUCGUAAACGGCAUCCACACCUACGACCGCAACUACUCCCUCCUCCCCAUAAAACUGAAAUGGCCAAAUGACAUUUACGCCCUCGACCCCUCCAAAGGCAAAAAUGCAAAUCCCAAUGAUCCGAAGUCAUAUGUCAAGAUCGGAGGUAUUCUGGUCAAUAGCAGUUAUGCUGGAGGCGACUACACCUGUAUCUGCGGCAUAGGCAUAAACGUCUCCAACACAGCUCCAACCACUUCCCUAAACGCCCUCUGCUCCGCCGCAAACCUUGCCCCCAUGACGCUUGAAAAACUUCUCGCGUCAAUCGUCGUCUCCUUCGAAUCACUAUACCUCCGUUUCUGCAAUUCUGGAUUUUCCCCGCUUUUGGAUGUUUAUUAUAAAUAUUGGUUGCAUGGGGGCCAGAUUGUUACGUUGGAGCAGGAAGGGGGUGUGAGGGCGAGGAUCAAGGGUAUCACUGCGGAUUGGGGUUUACUCGUUGCCGAAGAGUUGGGUUGGGAGGACAGGCCUACUGGUAAGAAGUGGGAGUUGCAGAGUGAUAGUAACAGUUUCGAUUUCUUCAGGGGGUUGUUGAAGAGGAAGGUUUGAAAAAGGGAAAAAAAGGAAGAAGGAGUCGGAUGGAAAGAGAGACUUUGUCGAUACGAAAAACACAGUUGUCCAUUUGGACAGUGUAAUACAAUUUGCAAAGGGCAGGCAUUUUGUGUCUCUUUCGACGUUUCUGUUGUAAUGACACCAUGAGAUACAAGGACGUGGAAUGUGGAUGCGAUGAACAUGUCUAUUGUCAAAGUCGUUCUAGUGUAUUCAACAUCAUAACAAAUGCAAUUCAAUGCAAUACCGUCUCCAGG